AUGUCCAUCCUCGCCUGGGCAUCGCGCCGCGUCGGCGGCUUGGCCAUGCUGGGCCUGUUGGCCCUGAGUUAUUGGGUUAUUUCGAAGGAAUCAGCUGCAGCGGCUCAUGGCUACAAUUAUCUCCAUCAAGACAGCCUCAGCGCCCCGACCUCGACCGCGACCACCAAGGGCGCCGGCUACUGGACUGUUAUCUACGCCUACUACUGCCUGUUCAUUCACAUACUCGUCUUUGCCUUCCCUCUCCGGUGCUGCUAUGCCGUCUUCGACAUGACCCGCCAGCUGAAGAAGAUCGCUCGCAACAAGACCCUUAGGGACUACAAGUUCUCGCACCGCCGCCGCGGCUCCUCGACCUCCCUGUCCAGCUCGGAGACCCUGACAUCCUCUCACGCCUGCUCUGCGUCCAGCAGCGAGGCUGGCGACACCGAGCCUGAACUCUACACUGAUGGCGAUGGUGAAGCCGACCGUGUCAUCCAUGCCAUUAUCAUUCCCAACUACAAGGAGGAAAUGGACACGCUGAAGGAAACCCUCGAGGUUCUGGCAUCGCACCCCCAGGCUCGCAGCUGUUACGAUGUCUACCUAGGAAUGGAGCAACGUGAGCCCAACGUGGAACUCAAGGCCAUGACUCUUAUUCAGGAAUUCGUCAAGAAGUUCCGCAGCAUCGAUUACACCAUCCACCCGUCCGACAUCCCUGGAGAAUCUGCUGGCAAGGGAAGCAACGUUGCAUGGGCUGCCCGCAAGCUGAGCCCCAAAUACUCUAUGGCUGCCCGUAAGGAUGUUAUUAUCACGGGUCUUGACGCCGACAGCCACCUCUCUGCCAACUUCUUCGCGUUGCUGACUACGAUGCACCUGGCCUACCCCGAAACGGCAAAGACCACCCUGUACGCUGCUCCAAUCAUCUUCGACCGUAAUGCGCACAGCGUCCCCGCCAUUGUCCGCGUUGCCGACAUCCUCUGGGGCGCCGGUGGUAUGUCUGGAUUGUACUCUGGCUCGACCAUCGCGCCGCCCACCUCUGUCUAUUCGGUACCUCUGGAGCUUGUUGACCGUGUUGGCGGCUGGGAUUGUGACAACGAAGCCAUCGGAGAGGAUUUGCACAUGUAUCUGAAGUGCUUCUUCGCACUAAACGGCAACUUGACUGUCAGAACCGUCGUUAGCCCCGUCAGCCAGAGCAACGUUUGCGGCAACGGCUCCAAGGGUCUUCGCGGCAUCUACUCGGACAUGCAAGCUCGUUACAAGCAGGCGAUGAGGCACAUGUGGGGUGCCCUCGACUCUGGCUACGCUCUCCGCAAGGUCGUUGAACUCUGGCAGGAAAGGAAGCACACCUCGCGUGCUUUCCGUCCUCUGCACAACUCCAUGGGCGAUGCCUCUGACGUCUACGUUCCCGAGCCUCUCGACCAACAGGAUCCCGAGCAGCCCAGAGAAAGCGGCGUCUUUUCCGACGUCACCCACGACACCCUGCAGUCCCCUAACUGGGAGCGUAUCGUCUACCUGUUCCACCGCCUGUUUGAGGCGCAUUUCCUACCCCUCCAGAUGACCAUCUUCGUCAUCUCGUCGACCCUGUACGUCUGGGUUACAGAGGGCAAUGAGGAGGUUGCACACCUCAGCUGGAUCUUUGACGUCUGCAACAUCCUGCGUACCUUCGGCUUUAUGGAGAUCGCUCUCUACCUCUUCCUGUACGAGAGUUUCCACCGCAUCUGUGUCAAGUCUCGCCAGCGUGAGAUGACCGAGGCCGGCUUGUCUGAGGGCAUGAACUUUUCUUACCGCACUGUCAAGAAGAACUUCAUCGAUUACGCCAUGGUCCCCCUGGUUGCUCCCCUUUACGGCGCUAUCCCCUGUGCCCAGGCGCAGCUCUGCCACUUCUGGACGCUGGACCUCGUCUACUCUGUCAGCAAAAAGGUCACCCGGCAAAGAGCGAAAUCUCUCACGGCAGCUGACAUCGCGUAA